AUUCAUUUCGGUCUUAUUCGCACAGAACGUUUGUGGUUAGAAUACAAAAAGUGACUGUGGUUUUCUUUCGGAACAAAAUAGUCUCAAUCAAUCAAUCGAAUUUGGAAGUAAAUCUUGUCUACCAUUUACUUGUAAUUCAAUUUAAAAAGUCUGAAAUGCCUUGCUAUAAAGUGAAAGUGAAAUGGGGACGGGAGAACUUCCCUAAUAUUGAGGUGAACACCGACGAGGACCCGAUAUUGUUCAAGGCACAAUUGUAUGCGCUCACAGGCGUUCAACCCGACCGACAGAAAGUCAUUUUAAAGGGAAUUACGUUAAAGGAUGAAGAAUGGAAUGUGUCCGUUAAAGAUGGAGCUGUGAUCUUAAUGCUCGGCACAAAGGACGAAAUGCAAGCGGAACCAUCGGAAGAAGAACGUCCGAAAUUCAUCGAGGAUAUGAACGAAGCCGAACUGGCUACGGCAUUAGAAGUACCAGCUGGAUUAACAAAUCUCGGCAACACAUGCUAUAUGAACGCUGUUGUGCAAUGUUUGAAGUCUGUGCCGGAAUUACGGGAUUCGUUGAAACGUUACAAAGAAGAGUUUUCCGUGGCAUCGUUGGCAUCGGCUCAGCCAGCUCAAUCAAUAACUGCUGCAAUGCGUUCGGUUUUCGAUCAAAUGUCUGGUUCAAAUACUGUGACUCCAAUAUUGUUGCUUCAAACGCUGCAUAUGACUUUUCCACAAUUCGCUCAAACUGGCGAAAAUGGAGGUUAUCGACAGCAAGAUGCUAACGAAUGUUGGUCUGAGCUGCUGAAAAUGUUGCAGCAACAAUUGCCUGCUCUCAAAAAUAGCUCGGCCGAUGGUCCUUCAUUCAGCUCUUUCAUCGACCAAUAUUUCGGUGGCACCUUCGACGUAGAAAUGAAAUGUAUCGAAGCGCCAGAUGAACCAUCGACAUCUAGCAGGGAGAAUUUCCUUCAAUUAAGUUGUUUCAUAUCGCAAGAAGUGAAGUACAUGCUGAGUGGUCUUAAAUCGAAAAUGCAAGAGCAACUGACCAAAAUGUCUGUAUCGCUGUCGAGGGACGCUGUUUACACCAAAACGUCGUUGAUAAGUCGACUGCCUGCUUAUUUGACGGUGAAUUUUGUGCGAUUUCAAUACAAGGGCAAAGAGGGAAUCAAUGCAAAAGUUCUGAAGGACAUUAAAUUCCCCAUCGACUUCGAUGCAUUCGAUCUGUGUACACCGGCAUUGCAAGAUAAGUUAACCCCCAUGCGGUCCAAAUUCAAGGAAGAGGAGGAUGCUUAUCUGGAACGUCAAACAAAUAUGAAAGACAAUCCUAAGUCCGGAGACAAGAAGCCCAAAACGCAUGCACUGCCGUAUUUCUUCGAAAGUGAUCUAGGUAGCAAUAAUAGUGGUUAUUACACGUUACAAGCGGUGCUCACACAUCAAGGCAGAUCCAGUUCGUCUGGCCAUUACGUCGGCUGGGUUCGGCAAACGGAAGGUAAAUGGAUGAAGUUCGACGAUGAUGUUGUGACUCCGGCUACCGACGAAGAAAUAUUGCGAUUGUCGGGAGGUGGCGAUUGGCAUUGUGCAUACGUGCUGUUGUAUGGGCCGAGAAUUUUGGAGGUGCCCGUUGAAGAUGAAAAAAUGGAGGAGUGAUGAUGGUGAGAAUAGCAAGGCUAUUUCUGUGGAUUUUUUUUACUAUUAAAAACUGUGAAUGAUUGUUGUUUUUGAAUUAAAAACAAAAUCGAGCUGCAGACUGUUUUCGGAUCAUCCACAAUUUUCAGAUAUUUUUCAUUUUGUUUUCUACCGCUGAGAUAAAAUAAAAACAAAAAUAGAAAGGC